AAGAAAGCUACUCUGGUAUAUUCUAAUUUUCACAAGUAAUUGCUUUGGAAUUCAUUUAUCUCUGUCUUUACUCAAAACCACGUGAAGUUUGGUCGUCUGACUUACAAGAUCAGACCUGGCCCACGUGCUUGCUUUUUAUGUUCUGUGGAGAUCAGUGUUAAAGGACACUGAGUAAAGGCAUGUUGAACGAAGUAUUGCAUUGUUUUUCAUCAGCAGAAAGGACCUGGCUUGUUGAGUCACGAACCAAGUGCUGGUAUUGAAGACAUAAGCAAAUAUGUGGUAAAGAAAUGAAACUCAGCUUAAUUCCCAAGUUGUUCUCCACAGCCCAUGGGAAUUCUCUGUAUUUCUGUGUUGGAGUAUGUGUGACUGAGAAAGCCUUUGUAGGCAGAUAAUGAGUAGGUCUUGUUCCCACAGCAACCAAAUCCAAACAUGUCCAAUGUAUUUUAUCAGCUGGGACUUUAGUAGUGCCGCCUUUGCCUGAAGCAAAACUGCAAAGUUGUUAACUUCAGAUUUUCUUGCACGUGGAGUUACCUUUCUAUAUAUCAGUCAUCGUGGAAUAAAAUGCCAUUUUUGCCUAUGAAAUAUUCAGUCAGAGCUGUAAAAUACCAGAUGUCCUAAGAAAAUGUCUUCUAACUACUUUCGAGAACGCAAACUGAUGUUAUCGGAUUCCCUUAAUGGCCAGCGCUGGAUAUUCCUGAAAAAAGGCUUAGAUGACUUCAGAGAUGGCUUUCCUCCUUCAUCUGAUAACAUGAUUGUCUCUUUCAAGAGGUCAUUGGUGUCCUGUACCCUGAAAUGCAUUUGAGGGAUGAGGUUGGAUACAGUGACUAUGAACAGAAGAACCAGCCUUUUCAGGAGAAGCAGGAGGACAAGCAAACCAAAGCAACAGGUCCCCAGGCACCACUGCUCAAGGAGCCUCGAGGCAAAAACACAUAUACAUGGUUUUCCAAGAAGAAGGUAGUAGCAAGAGAAAAGGUGGCCGAACUGAAUGACUUUGCUCUCCUUGAUGAAAAUAUAAAGCGGGUAACCAAGCAUUUUUGUGACUGGAUUACUACUUUGGGAGGAGGCAACUGCAGCAUUGAUGAAGAUGCCCUCAUGAAGUUGUUCAGCGCCAGCUGUGAAAGCAAGGCCACCCUCCCUACACUUUUCCAUGUUGUGCAACUCAACAAUAUGCAAGCAGAGCAGCCAAAGGGCCAGGAGCUUUCCCCUCCCUGGGCUACUGGCAGGAGUUGUCAUCACAUAAGUCACCGGCCCUGCUAUGUUAAGGAGAUGGAAAUUUCACAGCUCCACAGUACACAUGCCUUUAAGGAAUUCCUGGAAAGAAAGGGCUACCGAAAGCCUCAGUUCCUUCUGAGAAUGCUGGCUGGGGGAGAUGGAGCUCAUGAGGAAACAUCCAAAGCUUGCAAGUAACAUUGUCCAAAGAGGCAUGACAAAACUGGAGACGAUUGUUCCAUAACUGUUGAAUAAGAAAAAAAAUCUGUUCCCUUAAAAUGAUUAAGAGGUGGUAGUGAGCUGCUUCUAGGAGAAUAAUCUCACAUCAGAGCGAACUUGAAGAUAGCUUGCAACUUUUGCAGAACAGCCCAGAUGAAGUUUGGGAUUUGGUUAGACACCAACCACUUAGACAACUUAGUAGUGCAUAGGUCUGGCUUGAAGACACUGAAGACUUCAGCUGUACUGUAAUACUGUUCCAGUCAGCGUUGUCCACAACUAACUUACUGCUUUGUAAGUAUCCAGAAUGGGCUUGCUGCUUUACAGAAUAUAGUUAAGCAGACUUUUCUCUAUGAAUUCUGUAAGGACUAGGUGGUUGCAAUUUGUAUACCCAGAGAAAAAUUGAAACCUUCCAUCUGAGAGAACUAUACUGCUUUAUAUGCUGCAGAACGAUCCCAGCAGGCCCACAACUUGAACUGACAUAAGCAGCCUUUUGUAAUAUAGAGAGGCCAUCAAAAAUCAUAGGCUGUUAUCUAUUCAUAUACCACAAAUAUCAAAUAAACAUAAACAUAACUCAAACGCAUUCAUGCAGAGUCCUAUACUACCAUGUGGAGAAGACAAAGUACUGGUUUGCUGCAGGACUUAAAUUGUAGCUGGCAUUCCUGAUGGCCUCCAGCAUUGGUUUUUGGUUCACCAGCAUGUCAGAGAAGAGCAGAAACAGGAUAGUGAUAGAGGAAGGACCAAUUUUCUUUGACAACAGCAACUGCAGAAAUGGACUUUCUCAGAGCAGAGUCUGUCAGAUCUGAAGCCUUUACACUCCAGGAACCGGGCUGUCCUACACUCCUUGGCUUAUCUGAGUUCAGCUGCAGUUUGGCCUGCUGGCCAGCAGCUACUUUAGGUUGGGAGCUGCUUAUAUGCUGACUUCUCUACUGUAAAACAAUGUAUGAGUUCAAAGAUUUGUUUUGCUCAACUUUAUGUAGUUCAGUUUUUGCAGCUACUUGAACUUUUUUUCCUGGGCUGGAAACAAGAUUAUAAGAAUAAACUUCAUGCCUUCAAAAGGACUUUUUUUUUAAAGAAAAAAAGGCAAGAAAUCCCUCUUGCAUGCAAAAUCAUGGAAGGAUUUGGAUAAGGAGGACAGAUUGGGGAGGAGGUGAGUGCAGAACCAGUCUGUAAGCAGGUG